AUGGGGCAGGUUCCGCCACCACAGCUGCGUCCAACUGGGGCCGUUCACGUCUCCGUGAAGGAGUUCCUGGCUGCCCUGCCCCCGAGCUCCCCCAAGAAGCCGAGUCUAGACAAGCCAGGAGCUUCCUGCUCCCAUGGGGGACCCCGGUUUCAAGGCGCAGGGAGCAAGGACGACACCCUCAUCCCCGAGUCUGGACACACAGCCCCACGUGUUGGCCGCACGAAGGAGAAUGGCGGGGAGCCUGCGGCUUCGGAGAGCGCCCUGCUGGCCAGGGAGCACCCCAGGGUGCCUGCACCAUCUCCUGGAACACCUUCCUCCUUCGAGGGCGUUGCACCUUCCACUGGCUGCAGUCCAGCGGCCGGCGGCCCUGCCCCCCCGGGCUCCUCCGAGAGUGAGGCGGCAGCCACGUCACCUCAGGAAGCCCAAGCGGAGCCUGAAACAAUGGAGGAACCGAAAAAAGAAAGUGUGGCAGGAGACCCCGCCACCUCCCCUGCCAAGUCGGUUAACUUCAAGCCAAGUGACAACACCUCUGUGAAUGAGAAGGAGGUGGAGGCCGAGUUUCUCAGGUUGUCUCUGGGCUUUAAGUGUGACGGGUUCACCUUGGAGAAAAGAGUGAAGCUUGAGGAAAGGGCCCGCGACCUGGCCGAAGAGAACCUGAAGAAGGAAAUCACCAACUGCUUGGCGCUCCUCGGGUCCUUAGCGCCGCUUUGCGAAGACGACCACCAGGCCCAGGAGAUCGUCGGGAAGCUGGAGAAGAGCAUCGGGUUCCUCCGGCAGUGCACGGAGCGAGUGGCCAGCCGGGCGGAGAUGCUGGGGGCCAUCAACCAGGAGAGCCGGGUGAGCAAGGCGGUGGAGGUGAUGAUCCAGCACGUGGAGAACCUCAAGCGCAUGUACGCCAAGGAGCACGCCGAGCUGGAGGAUCUCAAGCAGGUGCUCCUGCGGAACGAGAGGUCUUUCAACCCGCUGGAAAACGAAGAAGACUGCCAACACAAAAAGCGCUCGUCCUCCCUGAACCCCAAGCCCCCUUCUCUCCGGAGAGUGACCAUCGCCACUUUGCCCAGGGGCAUUGGCAACAUGGGGACGGUGGCUGGGAUGGAGAGCAACGACCGAUUCGGCCGGCGGUCGAGCAGCUGGCGCAUUUUGGGCUCCAAGCAGAGCGAACACCGGCCCUCGCUGCAGCGGUUCAUUAGCACCUACUCCUGGGCCGAUGCAGAAGAAGAAAAGGGCGAGCUCAGACCUAAAGACGACACCGAGCCACCCGGAGAAGAAGCUGCAGAGGAAGACAGGAGGCCGAGUCUGAGCGAGAAGAGAAAUGACCCCCCCAAAUGGGCCGUGUGGGCUGUCCAGGACAGGCUCACGGCGUGGACGGCCCAGCUCAAGACUUCCGUCCGCAACGCCAAGGCCCCCUGGCUCUCUGUGGCCCUCCUUGUCCUGGUCGCAGCCCUGAUCAGCUUCCUCACGGGCCGGUUCUUCCAGAAGUCCGUGGACGCCGCGCCCACGCAGGACGGGGACUCAUGGAUGUCUCUGGAGCAUCUCCUGUGGCCGUUUACCAAGCUCCAGCCCCAGGGGCCGCCCCCCGUGUGAGGGCAGCGGGGACCCCCGAUUCUUAGGGUCUCCGCCUCCGGACCCUCUGAUCCGUCACUGCCCCUCUGUGGCGUGUCCCCUCCCAGCCCACCCCCGCCCCACCACCACGGGAAGGCCUUGCCUGCCGGGGAGCCUCCCCGAGGAGAGAGAUUAUUGUUUUUAAAUUUUUAUAGAAAUAAAAAUAGUUACGAGUG